ACACAUCUCUUUUCUAUGGCUGGGACACUGCAGCUGUCAUGGCUAUUGCUCAUCCUCAUCUUCCUUGUGGGACUGCAAGGAGAACUCAGGGACGCUGCAGAGAAACGUAGCAAGAGGGACGUAAGCAAUGACCAGCCUCGGAUGCUGUCAGACAAUGGUCACCUUGUUUUCACAACUGGUGACAAUAAAGAGAUCCGCUUCCAGACGUCAUCCUCAGGUCGGAUUAAAGUUGAUGAUGAAGACCUCACACAACUUCUGAGUCAGAUCAAAUCCAACAAAGACGAGAUUGAAGACCUUAAGAGUCAUGGAGGUGGAGUUCCCCCUGAAGUCACCAACAAACUAAACCAGCUUGAUACCAGGGUGUCAACACUUGAGACUAAAGUGACUACACUUGAAUCAACCGUCCAGAAGGUGUCCUGCAGCAGUAAUCCCUGCCAAAACGGAGCAACAUGUUUGAAUUUACUCAACUCAUACCACUGUGUGUGUCCCAGCAACUGGGCUGGUCCUAACUGUGCAACAGAUUUGAACGAGUGUCAGGCGUAUUCAGGAACAGUCCAGGGUUGCCAGAAUGGAGCAACCUGUGUAAACACCCCUGGAUCAUUCACUUGUACCUGUCCUCCGGAGUGGUCUGCUCUCUGUAGUGUGCGUUAUGAUGACUGUAGGAAUGCUGGACAGGAUCUUUGUGUACAUGGCACAUGCAUUGAUGCAGAUCGGAUAACACCUGGACAGCCUAAAUACCAAUGUAUAUGUGAGAGUGGCUGGGAGGCUCCAGCGGGAAACCCGGCCUGUGUGGCUGAUGUGAAUGAGUGCAACCUACCGGACAAACCUUGUUCAUCAAAUCCUGUUGUUCAGUGCUACAACACUCAGGGUUCCUUCUACUGUGGAGCUUGUCCUGCUGGUUGGCAAGGAAACGGCUACAGCUGUCAGGAUGUGGAUGAAUGUUUGACCAACAACGGUGGAUGCUCCACCGCUCCAAUGGUGCAAUGCCUUAACACCAUGGGCUCUUUCCACUGUGGUCCAUGCCCUCCAGGUUAUGAGGGGAAUGGGAAAACAUGUACCCAGUCGAAUAUCUGCGCUACAAACAAUGGCGGCUGUUACCCAUUAGCUACUUGCUCCUCCAGCCCAGGGUCAAGUCUCCCUAUAUGUACCUGCCCCUCAGGCUAUGUAGGCAAUGGUUAUGGACCAACUGGUUGCACCCAGACGAGCAACAUCUGUCAAACCAACAACCCCUGUGUCAAUGGGCAGUGUGUGGCCACCACCUCAGCUCCUGGCUUCAUUUGCAAUUGCUCCCCUGGAUGGCAGGGAGUUAACUGUGACCAGAAUAUAAACGAAUGCGCGAGCAACCCCUGUGAGAACGGAGGAACCUGCACCGACGGCAUUAAUGGAUUCACAUGUGCUUGCACUGCACAAUGGACUGGCCCCCUCUGCCAGACUGCACAGCAAGAGUGUGGAGGUUAUCUGUCUGGCCCUGCUGGUUCCUUCAGUUUUCCUAACACCCCAGGUCAUGAUGAUUAUGAUCACCUGGUCAGCUGUGCCUGGGUGAUCCGCAUCGAUCCCAACAAGAUUCUCCGUAUAACCUUUCCCUUCUUUCAUCUGGAGAGCAGCACCAACUGCAACUUUGACUUCCUUCAGAUUCACGAUGGGGACAGUGCCUCUGCUCACAUGCUCGGGAAAUACUGUGGCCAAAAUAACCCACAGGAACUCCACAGCUCCCACAAUUCCUUGUAUUUCUGGUUUCGUUCUGAUGGCUCUGUCAGUGGUAAUGGUUUUACAGUCGUUUGGGAGUCUCAGGACCCAGUGUGUGGAGGCGAACUUACUGCUCCUUAUGGAAAUAUCAACUCGCCUGGUUACCCUGGACAGUACCCGCCCAGCCGUGACUGCUACUGGACCGUGACUGUGGAUCCAGGCCUGCUCAUCACCUUUGCAUUUGGAACGCUGAGUCUUGAGCAUCACACUGACUGCAACUAUGACUUCUUAGAGAUCCGGGAUGGUCUUCUGGCUGAAGACCAAGUUCUGGGUCUUUACUGCAGCACUGCGUCUCCUGCCCCCGUGCAAACCACCGGUCCAGCUGCAUGGAUUCACUUCCAUUCUGAUUUCAGUAUUUCGGACCAAGGCUUCCACAUUACAUACACAACAUCACCAAGUGACCCUGGUUGCGGCGGUACCUUCACAGACAGCGAAGGGAUAAUCAUAUCUCCCAAUUGGCCCAAUGCCUAUACCCACAACCGCCAGUGUAUCUAUUUGAUCCGACUGCCAGUGGGAGCGGAGGUGUCCCUUAACUUCACCCACAUGGACCUGGAGAGUCACGGCAGCUGUACUUUUGACUAUGUGGAGGUUCGUGAUGGAAGAUUGGAGACUAUGCCCUUGAUUGGGAAAUACUGUGGGAGCUCCUUGCCAGCUCCCAUUCGAUCAUCCUCCAACUACCUAUGGAUCCGGUUCAGAUCAGACAGCUCAGUCAGCCGGGCUGGUUUCAGGGCUGUCUACACUGUUGCUUGUGGUGGAACUUUGUCUGGGACUGGGCAGAUACGCUCUCCAUACCAUCCCAACGCAUAUCCGCACAACAAGGCGUGUGAGUGGGUCAUCAACCAACCAGAGGGCUACGUAGUCACCCUCAACUUCCUGUCAUUUGAUGUCGAAGGAGGCUCCUGUCGUUUUGACUUUGUUGAGGUCAGGGAUGGCUCGACCUCUAGCUCUCCUCUGCUUGGAACAUUUUGUGGUGUGGAUAUUCCCCCCAGGCUUCAGUCAACUCAGAGGUCGAUGUAUAUCUAUUUCAAAACUGACGCCUCUGUCACCAACCAUGGCUUUGAAGCAGCUUAUGACUCAGCCCUGGAGGGCUGUGGUGACACUCUGACCAGUCCUUCAGGCGUCAUCACAAGCCCUGGCCAUCCCACACAAUACCCACAUGGUGCCAACUGCACCUGGUACAUCAAUGUUACCCCGGGCAACAUAAUCCGGCUGACAUUUGACUCCUUCAACUUGGAGUACCACAGUAACUGCAACUACGACUACGUGGAGGUGUAUGAUAAUGGCACUGUGCAUACUGGAACCAAGAUUGGAAGGUAUUGUGGGCGUUCAGUGCCUCCAUCGAUCACCAGCACAGACAACCAGCUUUCCUUGCUGUUUGUGUCCGACUCAAGUUUGGGCUCUGAGGGAUUCUCUGCCAGCUAUGUCUCCAUUAAUGCCACCACAGACUGUAGUGAGACCUUCACCUCCCCUACAGGAUCCUUCUUUUCACCCAACUUCCCUAGCUACUAUCCCACUAAUAGAGAGUGUGUCUUCAAGAUCAUUGUGCAGGUCAACAUGCAGAUUAUGCUGAACUUCACCAACUUUGACCUGGAGGGCUCCCCUCCCUCUUGCAGCUUUGACUUUGUGGAGAUCAGGGAUGGUGGCUAUGAGACAUCACCUUUGAUUGGCAAGUUCUGUGGGGAUCAGGGACCUCCAGUCCUGGUAUCCCAUAGUAAUCGUCUUUGGGUAAAAUUCCGAUCUGAUUACAUCGUUACGCGAUCAGGGUUCAACGCGCAUUGGGAUGGCACACAGACUGGCUGUGGAGGGAUGUUGACAACUGCAUCUGGAGGGUUUUCCUCACCUAACUACCCCCUGCCAUACCACCCAAACACUGAGUGCUACUGGAACAUCAGGAUCAGCCAGGGCAGCAACAUCCUUCUCACUUUCUCUAAUUUCCACCUGGAGUCCAGCACUUCCUGUUCCUUUGAUUACUUAGCUGUGUAUGAUGGCAACAGUACAAGUGCUCCAGAGCUUGCCAGACUGUGUGGCAGUCAGGCGCCCGUCCCCAUCAACUCUUCAAGCAACCAGCUCUACGUCAAACUACGCACUGACAGCAGCGUCAGCACUGGAGGAUUCCUUGCAUCAUACACAUCAAACUGCAAUGGGGUGCUCAUCUCAGGCCGACACUCAGGAAUGGUGGAGUCACUGAACUUCCCCAACAACUACCCAGCCAACUCGCUGUGCAGCUGGACCAUCCAGGCCACCAGUGGAAACACCAUCAACUACACAUUUAAUGCCUUCCAGAUGGAGGGCAGUAGUUGUUAUUAUGACUACGUAAAGCUUUAUAAUGGACCUAACGCACAAGCCCCUCUGAUUGGCACAUACUGUGGGUACAACCCCCCUCCAGCCAACGGCACCACGAGCUCAGCCCUCACCGUGGUGUUCAGAUCAGACUCCUCUGUGUCAUUGUCUGGCUUCCAGAUGAUGUGGUCCCAAAACGGUUGUGGUGGGGAGCUCUCUGGUCCCAGUGGCUCCUUCAACAGCCCAGGCUACCCAAAUAGGUAUCCAGAAAACCGUGAGUGUAUCUGGUAUAUCACCGCAUCAUAUGGCAGCAGCCUGACCAUUACCAUCCAUGAGUUUGAUGUGGAGUUUCACCAAGACUGCAGCUAUGAUGUGCUGGAAGUGUUUGGUGGUCCGGACUUAUUGGCCCCUCGACUGGCUCAGCUCUGCACCACUACAUCAAGCCCAAUGCAAGUCUCGAGCACUGGCAACCAGCUCACUGUGCGUUUCAAGUCUGAUGCCUAUGUCAGUGGUAGAGGUUUUAAUGCAAGCUGGGUUGAAGUCCAGGGAGGCUGUGGAGGCCCCAUCACAGCUCCAUCAGGGGAGAUCCAUUCUCCUUUGUAUCCAAGCAGCUAUCCCAACAAUGUGGACUGUUCCUGGGUGAUCAGUGUGGAUCAAAACCACCGUGUGUUAUUCAACUUCUCUGACCUGGAUAUCGAACAACAUAGUGACUGCAUUUGGGACUAUGUGGCGAUCCAUGAUGGUCCAACCAUGUCUGCUCCUCUGCUUGCCCGGGUGUGUGGCACCAGUGCUCCUCCAGCCAUCACCUCAACACAGAGUACCAUCUAUGUCCGCUUUAGGUCUGACUCCAGUAACAGCCACCGUGGUUUCAGUGCUCGCUUCUCUGAGGCUUGUGGUGCAACCAUCAUAACAGACGAUUUGGGAGGGGCUAUUGCAUCACCACGGUACCCAGCUCUGUACCCGCCUAAUCUGAACUGUAGUUGGAUCAUCAAAGCACAGGAACCAUUCAACCAUGUGACCCUGUCAUUCACUGACUUUGAGGUGGAGAUGAUCAACUCAGACUGCACCCAUGACUCUGUGAAUAUCCUGGAUGGAGACAACUACCAGGCACCUUCCAUAGGUACCUACUGUGGCUCUGAAAUACCUCAUCCAGUUACAUCCUUCAGUAACUCUCUGGUGGUCAACUUCAUCUCCGACUACUCUGUCUCCAAAAAAGGAUUCAGAGCCACCUACUCAGCAUCCACCUCCAGCUGCGGAGGAGAUCUGGUGAUGGAAAGUGGUGCAUUCAACAGUCCCAACUAUCCAGACGCCUACCCUCAUGUGGAGUGUGUGUGGACCAUCAGGAGCUCACCAGGGAACCGUCUGCAGCUCUCAUUUAUUAUCUUUAGUCUUCAGGGAGACAAUGGCUGCCAAAAUGACUACCUGGAAAUCAGAGAAGGCAACUCUACUGGGACUCUUGUUGGGCGCUUCUGUGGAAACUCGCUUCCCUCCAACUACACCUCUGUGAUUGGUCACAUCUUGUGGGUUAAGUUUGUCUCUGACGCAUCUGUCAGCGGAGCAGGAUUCAGAGCCACCUUUUCACACUUGUAUGGUAACGACGUGACAGGGGAGUUUGGGCAGAUAGCAUCCCCACUGUAUCCCAGAACAUAUCCCAUGAAUUCCCACUACCGCUGGACCAUAACUGUGGAGGGAGACAGCUUCGUCCAGAUUCGCUUCUUGGACAUAGACAUAGAGGACCUGUAUGACUGCUACUACGACCAUCUCAAAAUAUUUGAUGGGCCUAGUGUCCAUUACUACCCCAUUGGGACGUUCUGUGGUUUGGCCCUGCCCCCUCCUCUUAGAAGUUCUGGAAGCGCUGUAACGCUGCAGUUCACGUCAGAUACAGUGGUGGGAGGACGAGGCUUUCUUGUGGAAUGGACUGCUGUCCAGGACUCUGGACCCCCACCCACUAUCACACCAGGUGACUGUGGGGGAUUGCUAAUGCCAGGGGAGACUCCUGGCUUCCUUUUCUCUCCUGGCUGGCCUGAUUACUAUCCUGAAAACCAAGAGUGUACCUGGCUGAUACGCUCUCCAGACUCAACUGUAGAGUUUAACAUCCUGUCUCUGGAUAUGGAGGACUACCCCACCUGCUACUUUGACAGCCUUGUCAUCAGAGACGGGGCAUCAAGUCUCUCCCCAGUUCUUGCCAGCGUGUGUGGUCGGGAUCCUCCAGGUUCUCUUCACUCAACAGGAGACUCCAUGUACAUUCACUUCUCCUCAGACAGCAUCGUUAGUGGAAGAGGUUUUAAUGCAUCCUACUCCAAAGGUUGUGGUGGUCUCCUGCAUGUAGACAGGGGAACCCUGAGCAGUCCCCACUACCCCCAGAACUAUCCGUCUGGUCAGGACUGUAGCUGGCAUGUGAUGGUGACACCUGGCUUUAGAGUUUCUGCCAGCUUCCAGAGCCCCUUCCAAAUCCAAGGCUAUGGGACAGAAUGCAGCUCAGGAGACUAUGUGGAGCUCAGAAAUGGCCCGGAUGGUUCGUCUCCACUUCUUGGGGGAAGACUCUGUGGUUCGAGUCCGCCCUCUCCACUCCAGACUACUGACAAUCACCUCUUCAUACACUUUGUAUCUGACGCCACCAUUGAGGCCAGUGGCUUUGAAAUAACCUUUGAAGCCCACAGUCAAGCUUGCGGGGGCUUCAUUGAGCUGAAUGAUAACGAUCCUCCCGGCUUUAUUACUUCACCUAACUAUCCACAGAACUACCCCCAGAACAUCGACUGUGUCUGGGUCAUAACUGUACCAAAUGGAGAAGCUGUCCAAAUUGACUUUGAGGAUGAUUUCUAUAUCGAAUCCUCUAGCAGCUGUAUGUACGACUACUUGGAGGUACGUGAUGGCUCCACUUCAAAUGCUGACUUGAUUUCCCGUCUCUGCGGCAACACCCGACCAUCUACCCAACAUUCAACAGGUUCCACGAUGCUGCUCAGGUUUCGAACUGACACCAGCUUCACGCACAAAGGCUUCAAGGCAAAGUACUCAAUAGCAACAUGUGGAGGUACAUACAUUGGUCAGAGGGGAACAGUCCACAGUCCCGGCUUUCCAGACUCCAACUAUCCCGACAGUUCCAACUGUGAGUGGUACAUGGAGGGUCCCACAGGACACUACCUUACCCUUACUUAUGAGAGCUUCAGCCUGCAGACAACUCAAGGCUGCACUGCUGACUAUGUGGAGAUAAGAGAUUACAACGCUUCAGGGCGCCUGCUCGGCCGACACUGUGGCAGUAACCUUCCAGCUGCCUUGGAUACGUCUGACAGUUUUGCCUACGUCAGGUUUGUCAGUGACACCAGUGGAAAUGCAGCUGGCUUCAGUCUGACAUUUGAAGCCAGUGUUGAAGUCUGUGGAGGAGAGCUGAACGCUCCUUCAGGAACUAUCUCCUCUCCCAACUACCCCAACCUCUACCCACACAGCCGAGUGUGUCGCUGGGACAUAGUUGUUUUGCCAGGUCGCCGGGUAACACUCACCAUCAACGAUCUGCGGUUGGAAGAUUCUGGUACCUCAUGUACAUAUGACUACGUUGAAGUAAGGAAUGGGUUAGCUGACGAUGCCCCUCGCCUACAACGAUUCUGUGGUACCGUACCAGAAGGCACCGAAGUGCGCUCCUCCGGCAACACCAUGACUGUCAUUUUCCGCACGGACUCCUCUGUUUCCAAUGGGGGCUUUACAGCUUCGUACUCGUCUCAGGAACCUGCAGUAUGUGGUGGAGAACUGACCAACGCUGCCGGUGGGAACUUCACUUCCCCUGGGUACCUCGUGUCCAACUACAGCGACAACCUCAACUGUGAGUGGAUAAUCAGGAACCAUCAUCACAUCAAUUCUUCUAUUGUGGUACUGAUAGAAGAUAUCCACCUGGAGAACCACCAGACCUGCGAUUCAGACUACCUCCAGUUUCGCUUAGGUGAUUCAAAUGGCGAAAUGUUGGCAAAGUUUUGUGGGCAGACCACCCCCACAGUUCCAAUUGUGGUCUUUACCCCAGAGCUCUGGGUCCAUUUCCAGACAGAUGCCUCCCAGGGAGACCUGGGCUUCAAGGCCAAAUACUUGUUCUCUGAGUGUGGAGGAUUGCAAACAGGAGAGGGAGGCGCGUUAUCCAGUCCUAAUUACCCCAGCACCUACCCAAGUCCCAGUCGCUGUGCUUGGCUGCUAGAGGCUCCAGCAGGUCACACAAUUACGCUAACCUUCAGCUAUUUUAACGUGGAGGACCACUCUAAAUGUACCUGGGACUCUGUCACAAUCUUCAAUGGUGGAUCCCCUGGCUCCCCCAUUAUUGGUCAGUACUGUGGGGCGACCUCCCCAGGAACCAUCAAGUCAGGAUCCAACAAGCUUGCUGUAGUCUUCCUGGCAGACCACAGUGUGUCAAGGGGAGGCUUUGUUGCCUCCUGGUCUUCUGAUUCGUCAGGCUGUGGAGGAGUGAUCCAUGCUGAUACAGGAACAAUCAAGUCUCCAAACUAUCCCCAGAACUUCCCUGCCAAUGUGGAGUGCUCCUGGCAGAUUAUUGCUCAUGAGGGAAACCACCUGGAAAUGAGCUUCAACAGUGAAUUUGAGAUUCCAGACAGCACUGGGAGCUGCCAGAGCAGCUUUAUCAAGGUAUGGUCUGGUCAGACCCAAAAUACUGAAGCUCUGCUGUCAACACACUGCGGCUCUGUGGCCCCAGCCCCAGUCAUUGCUCCAUAUAAUACCAUUACAAGCCGAUUCCAGGCCACUGGAGCCCAGGGCAAAGGGUUUUCAGCCUCCUUCAUCACCAGAUGCGGCGCAAACUUCACAGCUUCAAGUGGCCGGGUGGUUUCCCCAAAUUAUCCAGCUGACUACCCUAACAAUUCCAACUGCAACUACACCAUAAAUGUUGGAGAGCAGACUGUGGUUGUCCUCACCUUUCAGACUUUUCAAUUAGAAGCACACUCUACCUGUCUGUAUGAUGGCCUAAAGAUCUACAACCUGGCCUCUAGUGGCCCUGCUGUUGCCACUUUGUGCGGUACCAGUAUUCCAGGGCCGUUUACCUCCUUUGGCCCCAUGUUACUUAACUUCUACUCUGACUCUGUGGUCACCCACAGGGGCUUCCUGGCAGAAUACACAGCCAUACCGUGUGGUGGUUUCUUCAACAGCACGAUGGGUACAGUGGGCAGCCCUGCCCUCUCCGUGGUCAAUUACCACCACAACAUCAACUGCACCUACCACAUCAUGGUUCAACCAAACAGGGUGCUGGAUCUCAAGUUUAACACCUUUCACCUGGAGGCAUCUUCUUCCUGUCGCUAUGACUACGUGGCAGUGUACGAUGGACAGGACUCCUUGGCACCUUUGCUGGGGAAAUUUUGUGGUACAGCGCUGCCACCAGAUCUGCGCUCGUCCACCAACCAGCUGUUCAUCAUUUUCCGCACUGAUGCCUCUGUCAAUGGGAUUGGCUGGAGGGCUGUUUACUCUGAGACACUAGGUCCAGCACAGGGAUGUGGUGGGUAUCUGUCCAUGCCCAUGGGCAUGCUUGGUUCUCCAGAUCCAAACCUUGAUGGGACUUAUGAACCCAGGAUGGACUGCAUGUGGACCAUUGAGAUGCCGGUUAACAGGGUUAUCAAUCUGACCUUCACUUCCUUCGCUCUUGAGAGCUCUUCGACUUGCCGCUACGACUACGUCAAAGUGUAUGAUGGAGACAACAUCAAUUUCCCUCUGGUUGGGACAUUUUGUGGAAACACCAUCCCUUCAAGUUUUGUGUCAGCCGGAAACUUCCUUACCAUCCAAUUUAUCACUGACAGCUCAGUCCAGAGACAAGGCUUCAAUGCUACCUACAGAUCUAUGCCAUUGGUUUGUGGUGGGACUAUGAAUGCCACAACCAGCGUCCAGACCUUUACAUCACCAAGUUUCCCCGGUGCCUAUCCCUCUUACACCUCCUGUCGCUGGAUCCUCGAUGCUCCCGCACAGGAGACCGUCAAAGUGUCAUUCCAAACGUUCGUCCUCCAGCCCAGCCAGAGCUGCUCAUCCAACUACCUGGAGAUAAAGGACUGGCCUGUGGGAGAUUACGGCCAGUCACAUAAGAUCUGUGCAUCAGACGGUCAUCCACUUGAUUUCUACAGCUACGGCAGAACAGUCUUCAUUCACUUCAAAUCUGACGCCUUCGUGGCUGGAAAUGGCUUGAGUUUCACCCAACAGAUUGCUGGCUGCAGCAGGACCUAUGAACAGGAAUAUGGCUACCUGAAGAGUCCCGGCUGGCCUGACAUCUACCCCCACAACAUGGACUGCACAAUUGUUCUGAAAGCACCACAAAACAGUUACAUCUCUUUCUUCUUUAACAACUUUGAUCUGGAGAGCCACACUGACUGUGGAUUCGACUACCUGGAGAUCCGUAAUGGUAGUACAGCAGACUCGCCACUGAUUGAUCGUUACUGCGGCAACACCGUGCCAAGCCCAAUCUUCCCUCAAUCCAAUCAACUCUAUCUCCGCUUCAAGAGCGACUUCUCCAGUGCUCGAGAUGGCUUCGAGGCCACAUGGACCUCCUCCCCUCAAGGUUGUGGAGGCAUUCUGUUUGGAGACCAUGGCUCAUUCUCAAGUCCAAAUUACCCGGGCACCUAUCCCAAUGGUACCCACUGUGAAUGGAGCAUCAAGGCACCCAGAGGUCGUGUGGUGACAGUGACCUUUGCCCAGAUCAGUAUUGACGACCCUGGUGAUUGCCAGAACAACUUCUUGAAGUUGUAUGAUGGUCCAGACUCCUCCUCAGCGCCUGUUGGACCUUACUGUGGAUUGGAAACCAAUAUUGCUCCAUUCACAGCCUCCUCCCAUCACGUCUUCAUCGUGUUCCAAGCCCAAUAUGCCACCCUGCCUUCAGGAUUCAGACUCAUCUGGAGCAGCUGAAUAAAAAUGAAUAGAUUCACUGUUUCUGACUUAAUGUUUUUAAGGUAAACUCCAGAUGUGCAUUUAUUUUUUUAAUCAACUUGAUGUCCAUAAUACAUGUAAACUGUAAUAAUAAACAAAUUCUUUUUAAAAAGUA